UUCACUGGGGUAAAGGUGAGGGUAGUUGCUGCUGCACACACACUCUGACACACACAAACGCUCAGCUCACAACAACAGAGAGGAACUUGGUGUGUGCAGCGAGCAGCCACGAGCAGUAUUCAUCUGCGCAGAACGACAUUAAUAUCCUGACGGGAAGAAAUGGCUAACCAAGUGUCAGAGUCUCUGUCAGAGCGGACCUUCCAGUACCAAGACAGCCUGCCACCGCUGCCCGUCCCGUCGCUGGAGAGCAGCCUGUCCAAGUACCUGGAUGCAGUGCGUCCCUUUGCAUCUGAGGAAGAGUACCAGGCCACCGUGGACACUGUGAGGAAAUUUAAAGAGGGCGUUGGUCCACACCUGCAUAAGAAACUGCUGCAGAGAGCCAAGACUAAGAGGAACUGGCUGGAGGAGUGGUGGUUUGACACUGCAUAUCUGGAGGUCCGUAUUCCUUCUCAGCUGAAUGUGAACUUUGGGGGCCCGGCGCCCUACCUGGAGCACUACUGGCCUCCUACAGAAGGGACUCAGUUGCAAAGGGGCAGUAUAAGCUUGUGGCACACACUACAGUACUGGGACCUGAUUCGCACGGAGAGGCUCGCUCCUCAUAAGAGUGGCACCUCGCCACUCGAUAUGAGCCAGUACAGGAUGUUGUUCUGCACCUGCAAAGUGCCUGGAGUUAAAAAGGACACGAUCCAGAACUACUUUAAAACAGAGAGCGAGGGUCCUUGCCCCUCACAUGUGGUGGUGAUGUGUCGAGGACGGAUUUUCACGUUUGACGCUGUUCACGAUGGACAAAUCCUCACUCCCCCAGAACUGUUCAGGCAGCUGAGCUACGUGAAAGAGAGCUGUGAGGGACAACCAGAGGGAGACGGAGUUGCUGCCCUGACCUCAGAGGAGAGGACGCGCUGGGCGAAGGCCAGGGAGUAUCUGAUAAGCAUCGAUCCGGCUAAUGAGACCAUCCUGGAGACCAUCCAGAGCAGCCUGUUCACCGUCUCUCUGGAUGAUGCGAAACCCUACUCCACCCCAGAGAACUACACAAAUAUGACCCUGGAGGCCCUUACAGGCGACCCAACCAUCCGCUGGGGAGACAAAUCUUACAAUUCCCUCUCAUUUGCAGAUGGCACUUUUGGAUCCAUUUGUGACCACGCGCCAUAUGAUGCCAUGGUGCUUGUAGCCUUCUGUCACUAUGUGGACCAGCACAUCAAAGAUGCAGAAGGCAAAUGGAUGGGCUCAGACACGGUCAGACCCAUGCCGCUUCCUGAGGAACUGGUGUUUACUGUGGAUGAAAAAGCGCGGCGUGACAUCAGCCACGCCAAACAACAAUACCUAGAGACGACACAGAACCUGCAGCUGGUGUGUUACGCCUUCACCUCCUUUGGAAAAGCAGCCAUCAAACAGAGGAAGCUGCAUCCUGACACCUUUGUUCAACUGGCGAUGCAGUUAGCCUACUACAGAAUGCAUGGAGGGCCAGGCAGCUGCUAUGAGACGGCGAUGACUCGCAAGUUCUACCACGGCCGGACUGAGACCAUGCGAACCUGCACCCAGGAGGCAGUGCACUGGUGUCAGGCCAUGCUGGACCCCACAUGCACUGCUGAUGCUCGGAGGAAAGCCCUGCUGCUGGCCUUUAACAAGCACAACAAACUGAUGGCUGAGGCCCAGAAUGGAAAAGGUUUUGACAGACAUCUGCUUGGGCUGUAUCUGAUCGCCAAAGAGGAAGGGCUUCCCACUCCAGAUCUCUUCAUGGAUCCCCUUUAUGUUAAGAGCGGUGGCGGUGGAAACUUUGUGUUGUCGUCCAGUCUGGUGGGCUACACCAGGGUCCUGGGUGCUGUGGCCCCCAUGGUGCCACAGGGAUACGGCUUCUUCUACCGCAUCACGGAUGACAGAGUUGUGCUCUCCAUCACAGCAUGGAAGUCGGACCCACAGACGUGCGCCGAGACCCUGUUCAGGAACCUGUGUGGCUCCAUGCACGAUAUUCUCCAGCUGGCCACCACGUCGCAGCUGUAAAUGUGCGGCAGCAGCAGGUGGAGGAGCUGAUCACAUGCCUGGUUCAGCCUGUUUGCCUUUUUGCCUCACAGCCUUUGUUUCAUCAUUCAGGCACUCAGUCCACACAACCCCAGUUAUUAGCCGACAGCUAGUGAUAGUCGUUUAUUUUCUGACCUGAUCAAUGCAAUGGCACAGCAUUUGUGUAACCAGGGACGUUAUUCUGUGAUUUGGGCAUUUAAAAAAAACAUCUCUUUGUUGUUUCUUAAUAGUAUUGAAUGAGCAACUUCUAUGGUGACUAUGUAAAUUACUGUUCUUGGUGUACAUAUUUUUUUUCCCCACAGUGAUUCUAAUUGAAGGUUAAUCACAGCUAUUUAAUUAAACUUGGCAUUAUAUUAACACACAUUUAAGCUGAGCUAAAGACCUGGUGAACACAGAGCUGUUUUAUGCCGUCUGUCCCCAACAAGUAAAGGAUACCUCUAACACGGAUGCAGCUGUUAUCCAGAGGCUUGUUGGAGACAAAUUAAACUUCUGGCUAUUUUUACUCUUAGCCUUAGAUUUAGCCGACUAAGGACAUUCCAAAUAUAUCCAUAGAAUAACAAAUCAGCUGCAUCAAAACAUGUUUCUUUUAUUUUUGGAUGGGCCAUCCCUACAUAAACCUGCAUAAUUUAAAAAUGGCACACAACUCAUGGGAUUCAACAAAGUCUCAAAUGUUCAGAUAUGGGAAAAAAAAUUUGGUUUUGUGUCUAUGCAACCCCAUUAUUAAUCCAUUUAAUAGAAUUCAAAUUAUAAUAAAAAAUAAUAAAGCAUUGCUUACAGCUGCCAAGACCAAUUUUUCAGUCAUUUGUCUUGAUUUUGAUUUGUUGUUAAGAAUAAAAAAGUUAAAAGUGUCCAUUGGUUUUAUUGAUAAAAUUUAAUCACUGAAGUGCUUUGCUUUAAAAUAAAUAAGUGGCCUAUUUACUCCAGGAUAUUUUUAGGUAUUGCACAAUCAGUGCUAAGAAUUGUGUUUUGAAUCAGUUUGCUAGUUCAUGGAUCUUGUUUGAUAGCGGUGUCUUCUCUCAACCAAAACCUCAGUAACUUGAUUCCUGCACCUUAAGAGUCCUUGCAGUACUGUUGUAGUUUUCUUACGUCUGUCAAGUCAAAUAUUCAAAUAUUACUGAAUGUACAUGAGUAAUGACCGAUGUCCAAAUACCCAAAUGAGAGAUUCAGCAAGUUUGAACUUCAAUACCAUCAAAAAUGUUGCACAGUUUUUAAAUGAAUGUUAUCUGGAAAUGUUUAGUAUGACUGAUUUGACCAAUAAAAUGAGGAUAAUUUUA